UCCAAAAGCAAACACCAGAUGCUCAAGAGACCGAUGGUUGACAAGAGUGGAUAGACACCUGACAUAUCACUCCUCAUAAGCUUGCUGAGCUGAACUCAACUCUAUAGAGAGGGAGAAGAUGAUCAAAGGGUGCGCGGCCAUGAAGAUGAUCAAAGGUCCUUGUGUUCGCCGGGGAAGGAUGGCAGGCCCGGUCCAGAGCAUCACCCGGGCGGAGAUCGACCGUUUCUGGAGGAGAAAGAAGCUGGAGGAAGAGGAACGCCGGCUCGAUGACGAGAAGGAGGCUGCAAGGAUCAAACUCAAGACUCUCAAGCAAGAAGAUUACAUGCUUUUUGUACAAAGGAUAGACGGGAUUAUAGACGAGAAAGCAGAGACAAGCGAGAUGAUGGAGGAGGGAGAGAUCGCCAGGAACAUUGAGAUACAAAUUGGCAUCAAGCAUUGGUGGAGGAAGAGCAGCUGCGCAUAUCUAAAUGAACCAGCAGUAGCAUCCGUUGAUGAUAACAGCAGUUGGAAGGCGAACACCGGAUAUAUUCCGCAGAAGAUACAAUUUAGGUGCUCCCAGCCAGCACUUUACCAGAUGAACGUGGCUGCUUUUGGGAUCUUCUAAAUGCUGAUGCCAAGGAUAAAAUGUGAGCCAUUAGGAUGCGUUUUCCUUAUGCGUCUCAAUAUGAAUUUGAGUCAGAUAAUAAGUUUAAUGGAAAGGGUACUUUUGAGUAACAAAGAGCAGCCUUAUCAUUUCACAUAUUUGGGGAUGCAGUGAAUUUUAAUGAAGCUCUUCUAUGUUGCAU